GAGUAAAAUGCUAGGUUUCACCCGCGCCGCCUUUCCUCUCGCCCCACAGCGGCCCCGCAAUUGAUCACGUCCUCUACCGCCGGCCACAUCUAUCGAGCUCCUACUCUAGCAGAUCGACGUUGCCGGACCCUUCUAUCCCGUGUCGCCGCCUCUCGGCUCGACCUCGCCGCCGACUAGCUUCGAGAUAAGAGGGCCCUGGGCGGGCGGCUCUGUCCAAACGCUAGAAAGAUGCAGAUCGAGCGAGGGGAUGUUCAACCUGGAUGCUCGAAUAAAAAACGCAAAAAAAUGCGCAUAAGUAGCGAAAAUAUGAUUCGAGUUAAUCCUCUCGAAGAGGAAUUCGGCGCCUCAAGCGAUUCCGGUGGAGGUGCCUGGAGUCUACUCAGCGAAGAAGUCGCGGCACACAUUGAUGACAGUGUUGUGUCGCUCGCUUCAUUCCAUAAAGAUAACGGAAAGUCGGUGUAUUUUGCGUGCACGGGCAUAAUUAUUGAGAGCAAUUCAACUACUACAAGUUUCUUGACUUCGUUAAGUUUGCUUAGAUCUACUGAUGAUGAUAGCAAGAUCUUUCAAGAUAUGAUGAUUAAAGUGCGCCUUCCAAAUAAUCAUCUUUCCAUGGGAUGGUUGGACUACUAUGACUUAAAAUACAAUGUUGCUGUUAUCAGCAUCGCGCCCUUCCAUGUUUUUCGCGCAGCAUUUCUAGAUCAUCAGCGGCAAUUUGAGCCUCAUAGUGAAGUAGUUGCUGUUGGGCGUUGCUUCGACUCAUGCAAAUUAAUGGCCACAGCUGGGAUGUUGACUGACAAUGGGAAGAGAAUUUACCGCGAGGAGCUUGCCAUCUCCACAUGUGAAAUCACUAUGACUGGAGUUGGAGGGCCCCUUGUUGAUUUUAAUGGUGACUUUGUCGGGAUGAACUUUUAUUCUAAGGAAGAGACUCCGUUCCUACCAAGGAAUAAAAUUCUUGAACUUCUGAUGAAUUUUAGGAGAACACCCCCGUGCUGGGAUACAAGUAAGAAAAGAGGUAGUAAAACUGAAAGAGGCGCAAGCAAGGCACGACUAUCUCCUGAAUCUCACAAGUCCGAUUUAGAAGGCAGCUCAAGGCAGGAGAUGAAAAAUAAAAAGCAGGAACCUUCCAUAUGUACUAUAUGUGACCCAGAACUUAAUUCAGGAGUCGAGGAUACAAUACUUGAGAGUCUGCCUUCUAUUCGUCGGUGGCCGUAUGACUGGGGUUUCGUAUCCUUGGAUGCUAGAAGAGAUAAGUUUAGGUCUCGUGGUUACCCCUUACCAGUUUUGGAGGACGAUGGCAAGCGUCUGCGUUAUAGUUUUGAGGAGGAAUUUAGUGAAGAUAUCUGGAACAAAGUCAAGAAAAGAGUAGCUUCAAGUAUGUCUCGAGUUGUUGUUGCACUCGCUUCAUUCAGAGGAGAAGCGAGGCUUUUUGCUUGCACAGGUGUAUUCAUAGACUGCAAUGGGUUCACCACAAGAGUUCUGACCUCGGGAAAUUUGAUUAGAAGUAAUGAAGAUGAAAGCAAGGUUGCUGAUAACUUAAAGAUUGAAGUGCUCCUUCCAGAUAAACGACAUGUCCCAGGGAUGUUGCCACAUUACGAUCUGCAUUAUAAUGUCGCCAUCAUCAUUAUAAAUAAAUUUUGCUGUACACGUACAGCAAUUAUUGACAAUAAGGUGAAAACUGGCACUCAUUCGGAGGUAUUAGCCAUAGGGCGUGUCUAUGAAUCAGGAAAAUUAAUGGCUGCAAGUGGGGUAGCGAUCAACAAAGAAAGUGAACUCGACUGUAAAGAUCUUAGGAUCUCCACUUGUCAAAUCACAAAGGCUGGGAUUGGAGGCCCUCUUAUAGAUUCUAAUGGGAACUUUAUUGGGAUGAACUUCUAUGGCUUGGAAGAAACUCCCUAUACACCACGGGAUACAGUUGUGAAACUCUUGGAGAAUUUUGAUGCAGAAGGGACUGCUGACAAUAUUACAACAGCUCCUAGCCCAAACAGGUGGCCUGUGCCUAAGCCAUAUUGGUGCUAUCCGUUGUGGCACGAACGGAAGGAGGGAACAGACUUACUGGAAUUUCUUGAGCAAGAGUUUCGCUAUGACUAACGAGAUAGGAUUUUCAGUACCCGGGUGCCCCUACACCCUCUAUGAAUAGUAAAUUUAAAAUAAUUCAAAAAAAUCUGAAACUUUGGGACAUCGAACAUCAUGAAACUUUUGAUGAUGUUGCAAAGUUUUAGCUAAAAUUAUCAUUCAAAGAGCACUCGAAUAAAAAAACAGAAUCAUUGUUCAAAGUUUAUGUACAUUUUUUAGCAGUGAUUUUUUUCAUGAGGGCUCCACAAAGGUUAUUUGUUGCUGAAACUUUACAUAAACAUCAAACCUUUGAUAAUCUUUGAUCCCUGAAAGUUUUUGAUUUUUUUCAAUUUUAUAUGAAUUUACUGUUCAUGAGGGUGUAGGGGCACCCGGGAGCUGUUAGACAUUUCUCAUGACUAAUGUGAAUUGUAUCGCCAUAUGCCUGUAUUGUCAACCUGCUGACCGAGUCGCUUGUGAAGUUGAUCCUGUGUAGCAAGCAUUAGUAGCACUUGCAAGCACCUUUUUCAUGUAUAUUUUCCCAGUAAAUAAAUUUAAA